CACUAUCGUCAGCUUCCACGAGCUCUCCCCUCCUCCACACUCCUCUCGCUCUCUUCAGUUUUUCUAAUCUCCGCUCCCACUUGGAUUCACAGACCGCUUGUCUUCUUUGAUAGAUCCUAAAUUUUGCGCACAAAUCAAGGUCUUGUCUCUCCUUCUCCGAGAAGUCAAUCUUCUUGUCUUAACUUAUUAAACUGUUAGCAGCAGCUUCCAUCAGUCAAUUCAGAAUAAUGAAGGAGCUUUCAGAGAGCAAAACUUCGUCUUCUUCAACCUCAUCACCUUCAAAUCGUGUUAAAGUUUCGAAAUUUAGGGAGAAUCUAAAGUUAGAAUCAGCAAACAGAAACUCAACACAGCCAACAGGCAAGCCAAAACCAAUUUCUUCAGAGUCCUUAGCCAAUUCGAAGCUUAAAAGAUCAAUUUUUCCGAAUAAGACGAGGUUAGAUGGAGAAAUUAUUGCUUACAGAAGGGAAACAGAGGUGGAGGAUUCGAAGAAUGGGAGUCGGCUGGGAGUCCGGCCGGUGGAGAAGUAUGCCCGGCUUCGGAUAAAAUCAGAUAUAAAUUCCAGGAGAUGUGAGGAUGAACCUGAUGCCAUGGUUAAAGAUUGGCAGAAGAGAUUAGCUGAGAGUGAGAUCUUGAUGAAAGAUAUGAACUUGGAGAUUUCAUGUUUGAAGGAGGAGAUUGAGAAGCUGAAGAGCCUUAAUGUUGAGCUAGAAGAACAAAAGAAUAAACUUCUUAAUGACUUGUCCGCCGCUGAAAUUAAGAUUGCUGCAUUCAACAGAUUUGAUCAGGUACAGGCCGCAUCAGAAGUUAAGGAAGGAGCGCCCUCUGAAUUAAACAAUUUACAGAAUAACUUUGUCAAUAAGUUAGACCAAACAAAUACUAGAGAAAAGGCAGCGGAUAAAAAAAACAUUGACUCUCAAAUUCAGUCCUUUGCCAUGAAUCCUGAAGCUAAACUUGCAGAAGUUAAAUCUAAUAGUUCAUUAACUACACCCCUCCAAUCUCCUGCAGCUCUGAAAGCUCCCCCACCACCACCACCUCGACCACCACCUCCGCCUCCUCUGCGUCUUCUUCCUAGAAACGAAGGCAAUAUCCAAAACGCGACAGCUUUGGUGGAGUUCUAUCAUUGUUUGACCAAAAGAGACGUAAAAGCCAAUGGAAAUGGCUCCGUUCAGGCUUCAAGUCCUGUACAUAACAGCAUAGUUGGAGAGCUACAGAAUAGAUCUGCUCAUUUAUUAGCGAUUAAAGCAGAUGUAGAAACAAAAGGGGAGUUUAUAAAAAAUCUCAUAAAUAAAGUCCAGUCUGCGGCAUAUACAAAUAUGGAUGAUGUUCUGACUUUUGUGGAUUGGCUGGAUGGGGAGCUCUCUAAAUUGGCUGAUGAGAGAGCUGUUCUGAAGCAUUUCAACUGGCCGGAGAGGAAAGCUGAUGCAUUGAGAGAAGCAGCCGUCGAGUACCGGGAUAUUAAGCAGUUAUACGCCGAAGUUUCUUCCAUCACCGAUGAUGCCUCGCAGACCUGUGACAUCAUUCUGAGAAAAAUAGCAAACUUAGUGGAGAGGUCUGAAAGGAAUGUUCAGAGGCUGAUCAACUUGAGAGGCAUUGUCAUGGCUGCUUACCAAGACUGCAAAAUUCCAACCGACUGGAUGCUUGAUUCAGGAAUGAUUAACCUGAUAAAGCUGGCUUGUGUGAGGCUUGCGAAAAUUUACAUAAAGAGAGUGCUGUCAGAGCUUGAGCUGAACUGGCAGAUAGAGAGGAGAUCAGCUCAGGAAUCUCUCCUUUCUCAAGGUGUCAGAUUUGCUUAUCGGGUUUAUCAGUUUGUUGGAGGAUUGGAUCCUGAAACAAUGCGAGUCUUUGAGGAGCUGAGAAGCCGAGUUCAGUGGAGGGAGUCCAGAGAUAUGAUGCAAAAUCAAAUUUUUGGCAAUUAGUGCCAAAUUCAUUUUUAAUUUUCCAUUUAUUUCAAUUUCAGGGAUUUAUUUUUCACGGAUAAUUGGAAAAUGUUCCCUUCUGAACCUUUAAUAGGGAUAAUAUUUGCGUACAUAAGACGUACACAUCGCUGCGUACGUCAGGGGUUAUUCAGGAGGUAAAUGGGGGUUAUAUCCAGGUUAUAUCCCCUGUAACCUCCGUGUAACUCCCUUGUAACUUCUGUGUAACUUAUUUGUACUCAUGAAACUACAGAAGCGCGGAACCCGUUUGUAGGUUACAUGUAGUUUACAAAGAGGUUACAAUGGGGUUACAGAGGGGUGUACCCCGAUAUAACCCCCUGUACCCCCUGAAUAACCCCUGGACGUACGCAGCACUGCGUACGUCUUCUGAACCUUUAAUAGAUGGAAGGAAUAAAUUUAUAUUCUUCUUAGGACCUAUAAGCAAAAUAUUCCUUAUUAUCCACAAGAGAUGUUUGAGGGGGUUCAUAUUCUGUCUUAUAGAUGCUUCAGGGAUAUGUUAUAAUGUAAGGAUGAACAAUUACAAAUGUUAUCACGAUUAGUAAUAAAUGGUGUAUUAUAUUUUGCUUUGGUAUUAUGCUUUUUU